GCGACAUGUAAGGAAGUAAACAAAACCCAGGUACAAUGUCAUAGAUUUCGAUUGAAGGGACCUAGAAGUCUGUUUGACAGAUGAUACAGUGACGCAUAAUGAUACUUCUCUACGGGAUUGUACUGUAGGAACAAACUAGAGUCGUUACGGUCUGCCUUCAGAUCCCAGUGUAAAUCAAUACCAGACUAUCGAUUCACCAGCAAAGGAAUAAAGUCCAGUGGCACAACAAGCCUACAGACCUGGUCAAAAGUUCUCCCAACUUAGUUUCAGUUUUCCUGAGGAAUGGAGGCCCUGAUUGACUUCCUGAAGCUUUUCCCACUACAAGCCAGUCAUGGAACAGCCACCUCAAUUGCUUUGUUUAUGGUCUUCGCAGCUCUUCUAUACUGGUACUCUGUUUUUCCCUUUUCCCAACUGGAGCGUGCUGGCAUCAGGCACCCCAAACCCUCCCCUUUCUUUGGCAACAUGUUCCUCUUCCGCAAGGGCUUUUGGGAUGGACAUAAAGAACUGAUAGAGAAGUAUGGCAGAGUUUGUGGUUAUUAUUUAGGUCGGAGACCUGUCAUCUUGGUUGCUGAGCCUGACAUGAUCAAACAGAUUUUGGUGAAGGAUUUUAGUAACUUUACAAACAGAAUGCAUUUGAGACUUAGUAGCAAGCCAAUGUCCGAAAGCGUUCUACUCCUACGAAAUGAGAGAUGGAAACAUGUCCGAAGUAUUCUGACUCCGACGUUCAGCGCAGCAAAGAUGAAAGAGAUGGUCCCCCUGAUAAACACAGCAGCUGACACGCUGGUGAAAAACUUGAAAGUUUAUGCUGACUCCGGACAGAGCUUUGAUAUUCAUCAGUGUCUGGGCUGCUUCACUAUGGACGUCAUUGCCAGUGUAGCUUUUGGGACCCAGGUGGACUCGCAGAAUAACCCGGAAAACCCCUUUGUGAAACAUGCAAAAAUAUUCUUUUCUUUCACAUUAUUCCGGCCUUUGUUGUUGGUGUUUAUGGCGUUCCCAUUUCUUAUUGAUCCUCUUGCGCAGCUUGUACCCAACAAACGGCGGGACCAGUUGAAUAAUUUCUUCAUUGGCUUUAUCAAAAACAUGAUCAAACAGAGGGAACAGCAACCCCCCAAUGAGAGACGACAUGAUUUCCUCCAGCUGAUGCUUGACGUCAGGAGCACAAACGUGUAUGUUGGAGUGGAGAAUUUCGAUGUUGUGAACUGUGCUGAUGAGGGAGGCUCAUCCAAUGGGACGCCAAAGAAAACUCAGAAGAGGAUGCUGACUGAAGACGAAAUCAUGGGCCAGGCUUUUAUCUUCCUGCUUGCCGGCUACGAGACCACCAGCAGCACCCUCGCCUUUGCUGCUUACUUGCUGGCAAUUCAUCAAGACUGCCAGAAGAAGUUGCAGAGGGAGGUGGAUGAGUUUUAUGCCAGACACGAUGCACCAGAUUACAGCAAUGUGCAGGAGCUGCAGUAUUUAGACAUGGUUAUCUCUGAGACCUUACGGCUGUACCCACCUGGAUUUAGGUUCGCUCGUGAUGCUGCCAAGGACUGGAACGUAAAUGGUCACUUCAUUCCAGCUGGUGCUACAAUUGAGAUACCUGCUGGUUAUAUCCACUAUGAUCCUGAAUACUGGCCAGAGCCAGAGAAAUUCAUCCCGGAGAGGUUCACAGCAGAAGCCAAAUCCCAAAGGCAUCCUUUCACAUACCUUCCAUUCGGAGCUGGGCCCCGAAGCUGCAUUGCAAUGAGGCUGGCUUUACUGGAGGCAAAGAUAGCCAUGAUUCGGGCUGUCCAAAAAUUCACCUUUCAAAUGAGCCCAGAGACUAAGAUUCCUCUUGAGCUGAAAUCCAAUUCAACCCUUGGGCCGAAAAAUGGCAUCUUCAUCAAAAUAGCACAGCGCACUGACAGCUGAGCUGAAGGCCCCCAUGAAAUGAAGCCAUCUCAAAUCUGUUUCUGUAUUAAUGAUUUAAUCUUCCUGCGUGAGACCCUGUUAUUUAAAGGGACCUACUUUAUAUAGUGGCCUUCUAUUAAGAAUGUUACAACAGGUACACUUUAGUGGUUUUAUGUUAUGUGCAUUGCAAUAAAUGACUGGUGUGCAUCAGUAUAAGGAGAGAGUAUGUGAGUCUAGGGUACAGUAAACUCUUGCUUAUCAGAAGCAUUUGGAACCAGACCGUUCAGAGAUGUGAUUAGUUUGGAGUGAUUUUUUUUUUAUUGCAAUUUGUAUGAUACUAAAGUGCCUUGUUUAGUUUUUAUGUUUUUCAUACUUCUACUUGAUAAAUGUAGUUGCUGGAAUAAAAUCUAAAGCUGCAAAUGUUUGAAAUA